AUGGUGAGUAUCGUUGAUCCCAUUGGCAAACGGGUGAUUGGCUCCAAUCCUCUAGGCACGCAAGCCGCCACAUCACCCCCUGAGACACACCUUCGUGGACCAGAAAAUUACGACACUCCUCGCAGCAGGGAUAUAUUCAAUGUCGCUCGUAGACUUGAAGUCAGUCGACCACCAGUUUCUCCCCUUCAGCCUCCUCAGCGGCCGUGUCUUCUCCAACAACUUCUUCGACUGAUAGGAUAUGGCGGCAACAACAACAACAAGAAAAAGAAGAAGAAAAAAGAAAAACAACCACCCCGACCAGAAAUCCGUGUCAUGACCAUUGAGAAUUUCCAAACUCAACGUCACACCUGCCAAUAUCAGCGUACCUAUAAUCCCACUCAUCGUCUCCUCCCCGAAGAACACAUCGCAGCAUGGCGAAAAAGACAACAACAUGAACGAGAGCAAAUUUCCAAAAAUAACAACAACAUCUCCUCCAAACGUCAAUUCCACGGCCCCAUUCCUAAACGUCCCAAUAUCGAUCCCCUCACCAUCAAAAAUCUCUCCCCCCUCGAACUCGAAAUCUACCACACCAUCCGCCCCAUCGGCCGCUGCGCAACGUUUACCCCUUUUACCCCUGUCACCCCUUUCAGCUCCUCAACUCGCAGAGAACAAAUCAUGCUCGUCCACCCAACCGACCUCCCUCAUCUCCAACACAUUCAAAAUCUCGUCCGAGAAAUUUCUCCGCGAGAUAAAACUUGCAUGGUGAAAUCUUUGGAGGGAUUACUAAUUCCGCAACUUGUGGCUGUGCUGAAAAUUUUGUUGCUCACGAGGCCGGAGGUGAGAGUUACUUCGAGGUCGGGGGAGGGGGAGGGGGGAGGAGCGGGGAAAGUUGGGUUGAGAAGGCCGGCUUCGUGGGAGAUUUUUGCGGGGGGUGUGAGGGAUUCUUGGGAGCAGGUUAGUGUUGUUAGUGGUGGACUGGGAGGGGCGGUGGAGGUAGAGAAAGGGAGGAUGGAAGAUGUUGUUGCUGCUGCUGCUGCUGGAGAUUUAGGGGGUGAGAGGGGGAAGGGUCAGAGAAAAAAGGAGAAGAAAAGGAGAAUUCGCGAUUGGUGGAGAAGUUCAAAAGAUCAACCUCCUCCUCAACAGCAGCCAUUGUCGAUUUUCAAAUCCUUUUCACAAAAAGAGUUUAUGCCCGAAUUGACUCUCGACUCUUCUGCUUCAUCCUCAUCCUCAUCCUCAUCCUCAUCCUCAUCUCAAAACAAGAAAAAUCCCCCCUUCCAACCCCACCUCCGAGGCGGCGGCGGCGACGCUUCUACCAACAAAGAAGCAAAAUCCACCCCUUUACCCUUCGUAAGGACCGCUCGAGCCUAUCUCGGACGCAGUAGCUGCUUGAACGAUGCAGAACGCGUUCCCAGGACCCUCUUCUUGCUGGCGGGGGGUCGAGUGAGUCCGAGGAUGAAAGCUCCCACUGCAGGGGAAUUGCGGAGGAGAAGGCAAGUGGAGAGAGUGAAUCGGAGGGAAGUUGGGUUUGUGGGGACUUUGUUUGGGGUUAGGAGGGUGUGUAAAGUGGAGGGUGAUGGGGUGGGAGGUGGUGGCGGGGAGAUAGGGGCUGAUGGCGGCAAUGGUAAUGGUGAUGGGGGGUGA